UCAGGACAUUUUCAAACUGUAAGAGCACUGAUGAUAAUGGCCAUUGUCAUUAGUGUAAAUGCAGUUUUGAUCGGACUGUUCUCUCUAAAGUGUGUCAAAAGAAGAAGCAUGGAUCGAUGCAUCAAAGCCAAAAUGACACUAUGUGCAGGGAUUCUGCUUAUUGUUGCCGGUCUUUUUGGCAUAUCUGGACCAUCAGUGUAUGCCAAUGACAUAGUGGCUAGUUUCAUGAUGACCUCUUACUAUCCAAACCAAGGAAAGAUAGGAGUCAUGGGCCAGUACGGAGACGAGAUAGGAAAAAGCGGAAUUGGGAUUGGUGGAUUAGGCAUGGGUGGAAUGGACAUGCUUGCUCCCAGGUAUAUAUUUGGCCCCCUUUAUGUAGCUUGGGUAGGAGGAGCUUUAUUACUUCUAGGAGGAAUUCUGAUGAGCAUCGCAUUCAGAGGAAUGCAAAUGUAAGUUGCAUGUCUAACACUGCCCCUUAAUUUAUUAUUUCCAAAAAUGACACAUGAAUUUCAAACUAAGUCACAUGUUCUAUUUUAGCAACAAUGAUACAGAAAAGCGUCAUGUUUACAAAGCACCAGGCCACUGCAGGCCAGCUGAUGAAGGGGUUGAACAUCAGAGAACAAAAUGAUGCCAAAAUUAUUAAUAGAGGAAGACUGAUGUUUCGUGUCAGUCAAGAAACCAUGCACUGAAGAACUGCUGUAAUAUCUUUGGACGCUAAAUAUAAUCAGAUUAUUGCAAUAAUGAAUGUGUCUGUAAGAAUGUCUUUAUAGUAUUUACUGUGGUAGUGUAUGAAUCAUAUUACUUCAAGAUCCAAAAGUCAAUCACUGUAAAUAAUAUACUAACCAUUAAACUUUAAAAGUGCUAUACAUAAGUACUUGUCUUUUUUGCUUGUUGUUACUAAGACAGGC